GCUUCUCCGGGCCUUGCUGUUACCACUUCAAACCCUAUUCAUAUAACAAAAAGAUUGGCAUUCUGUAGAUUUAUUUCGUUUAGAUAUUUCAUCUUAAACAUUUACAGUAUAAAGAAAAUGAUUAAUUAACGCUAAGUAGAAAUGUGGCCUGCGUUAUUGCACCAAAUGACGCUUUGAGGAAACGCUCCAGACGCACGGCUAUUAAAACGACAUUAAAAUGAACAGCGCAAUGAUUGGAAAAGGAUAGAAAAGACCAUGAUGUGCUGCUGUGUAACCGGAGACGAGUCACUAGCAGCGGACAGCGUCAGUCCCUGGAGGCCUUGAACUUCUGAAGCCUGAUCCCUGUUAUGACAAAACCCAACCAAUCGUUUCCCAGCUUUGCCAUAAUCAUACGAGCCUAAUUGUACUCAUUGAUGACGCUGUGAGUGCACACAUUGAUUGGUAAUGGCCCUCAGAUGAUAGCGGUGUGCGUCUGCGGUUCAAAAGAGUAAAGUUUGGGUUGAAAAACUUGAAAGAAGAGAAAGAAAAGAAGAGGGGGAUGGGUGGGAGCUUAUAGAUGCAGGCAGGUGGGAUAGGGUCUGACGAGGAACUGUACUAUUAUAUUCCGGGAGGGAGGCAUGAUGACGUCUACUGCAUCCUUAAUGUGACUUAUCGGGGGAGGGCGGAGGGGAGAUAAAAAUCCAAGGCAAUCACAGCACAGGACAAAAGUUUCGAGCGAGCGAUAUGAAGACGCACGCAUCAAGAGCAGGGUGUUUUUGGUGACUUUUUCGGAAGACGUUUUAUUCUUCCCCAACGUGCGCGCACUUGUCUUCUCUUUUUCUUUCUUUCUUUCACUGACUGAGUCCAAAGUGAGAUAGACGCGGAACAGAGGGGAACAUAAAGCAGAGUCAACGCGGCGCUCCAGUCAAAGAGGAGAUAGAAGUCCUCUCUCGACAGACACGCCCGGACCCUGCCUUCCCUCUUCCUCCCACAUCCUCUGCCUCCUUUCCAGUAACAGCAGCAGCAUCAGCAGCAGCAGCCAGUAGAAGCACCACGCGCCUCCUGUUCUCCCUGUCUUCUUCAAAUAGCAUGGCCAGUUCGAGUAAAGCGACUUUAAUCUUACUCAUCUACGGAAUCUUAGUGCACUACAGCGUCUUCUGCACACCCCUUGGACUAAGUUACCCUAAAAUCAGACUUGACAACGACGCCUUCGAUGAAGACGGCAACACAUUACCGGACAUGGGUUUUGACACUGACCAAAUAGCGAUACGCAGCCCGGACGAGUCGUAUACCCUGUACUACCCACCAGACAAGAGAUCAGAAAGGCAUGCUGAGGAGGAAUUAGAUAGAGCCUUGAGGGACAUCCUGGGUCAGUUAACAGCGAGACAUUAUCUGCAUUCGCUGAUGACAAUACGCGCAGGCGAGGACAACAGCGUGGAGGACGAGUCGGAGCCCCUUUCCAAGAGACACUCGGAUGGCAUCUUCACCGACAGCUACAGCCGUUAUAGGAAGCAAAUGGCCGUGCAGAAAUACCUGGCAGCGGUUCUGGGCAGAAGGUACAGACAGAGAGUUAGGAACAAGGGACGGCGGGGGCUGGCCUAUUUGUAGCGUCUUUUUUUGCGAGAACGCGCCCCAAACUGCCCAACUGUGUAAAUACAUCGAGUCGUUAUAAAAAUUCAUCCACCUAUAUCUGCCAACCAGUGGAUUGCGCCUGUGUUCUUUCAACAUGUAUUUAUGUAUGAAGUAAAGCCAUUAAAAUCAAUAUUUUAUUAAUAAUAUCGUUUUUUUUUUUCUUUUUGUACUGGAGCACUUCUUGAGACAUAAUCUACACAGUUGUGGACCAAUAUUUUAUUUUCAUGUCAAGAUGUUAAAGAAAAUGAGAAAAAAGCUUAAAAAGAAAAGAGAUUUAAAUGUGCACCUUCAACAUUAUGCGCUUGAAAUCUUUAAAAGUCAUCUACAUAUGCAGAAAAUAAAUAGAUUUUAAAAGACAAUCAAAGUAUUGAAUGUUAUACUUAUUUUUGUAAGCUAUUUUUUUAGUGUUGUUUAUUUUGUUUUCAAACAGGCCCAAAGAAGCAGUGAGCAUGCUCUGUAAACCGAGGCUUAUUCCAUAUAAAUUAUAAAUGUUUUAUUCCCGAUUGGUGAGCUAUGUGGCAUCGAUGUAGGCCUUAUUUGGUGGCAAAAAUAGAAAAAAAUAAAAUAAAAAAUAGCCUAAUCUAUCUUUAAAACUGUCAUUGUGGGGGCAGAUGUUACAGAGAUGUGCUCACUCGCCUCAAAAAAGUGUACGGAAAAUGCAUCCAUAAAGAGAGUUGUGUUUAUUGUGUACAGAAGAGAAAACUACAAAUCCCAGUGUUGCCUGCUCAGUCCACAGUUUCAUUCAGAAAAAUGGGGGCAAACUCUUGAGCGCAGACUGCACCAGUACGACAUAGACAAGAGGACUAUUAUAUCGGCUUAUUCAUCCUUAAUGGUGCAUGUAAAGGCUGACUUUUGCUUUAGAAAUUGCAUGACGCACAUUGUGCUAUAUAGAGAGUUUUAUUUCGGCUUAUGCUUUAAGCCUAAUUUUGCACCACAGCGCCUCCUUCUAAGGUAAAGGAGAUUCAAUGUGGUGAUGACUGGUAUUGCACUGACUUGUUGACACUGGACGCCCUUAUCCUGUAUUUUUUUUAAUCCAAUUGCCUUUGUCUCCUGUAGUCGUAACAGUAGUAUUAGUAGUGGCUAUUUGAUUUUUUUUUUUUUUUCGCUUCAAGAUGGCCAUGCUAAAGUAGUUAUUAUGUAGUUACUUUUCAGUUAGCCUUGACAGUGCCGUAGUUGGUUUUGUGUUGGAUGUCUGUUGAGAGCGUGUCGUGAGGAUGUGACAAAUAGGUGGGAGAUUUGUGAGGAAAGAAUUGAAGAUAAGAGAGAUAAGAGUUUAAGUCAUUGUGUGUUCGUUUAUGUAGGAGAGUAAGAGGCAGGGAUAGACCAUAUAACAUGAGGGUCAAUGAGCCUGACAGUGGAUAUCAGGCGUUGAAUUCCCCCAUCUUUGUCAGUUGGAAGUUGGAGGCCAUCUACACGAAUGCAGUUUUAUUCAACACAUUGCAUCGUUUUGGCAUUAUUAGCACCUAAAGCUAAUAAUGAACUUGCAUUCAUUGUAGUUUGUCACCUUAUUUCCUCAACAUAUUUUUGGAUUAAAAAUAUGUUAGGAUGAAUUUAGUACCGCAUUUUCUUGUGGAUCUUAUGAAAUUAUUAGUAAUUGAAGCUAAUAAUGAUCUUGCCAUUUAUGGUUUUAUUUUUCGUUCAUUUUUCAUUUUCACAAGUCACAACUGCAAAUGUAUUUUUUUAAAUUCUUUUGCUGUUCCUGCAUCCAAACUUAUCCGAGCAUUCAAGAUGGCCAAUAUGCUACCACAUACUAGCCAUGCACAAUGCUGGUUUAUCGUUUACUUUACUUACUUUUUACAUUUUGCCUUUUCCCUUCUGAUGUCACCUCUGCAAAUCAUACCUUCUCAAUGAUUUGCAUAGUCAUUUGGCAUAUGUUUUUUAUGCUAAAUGCCCUUUUUGAUCAUGCAUCAUUCAACAUUUGUCUUGGCUUGGGCCUGGCACAAAUGGUUAAUCUCUUUUUUUUCAUUUAAAUGCUAUGUACCAAAAUAUUUUUUUAAGUACAAAAUGCAUUAGUGUGGACAAACCCUAUAAGAUGGCGCCUUAAUGGACGUGUAGCCUGAUGUAGAUGUAGAUUGUUUAAUUUUUAGAUGCUGAUUUGGAAUAGAUGUGCUUAGUGUAGAUGUUGCUGACUGUAAGCAAAGACUAAACGGAUUUUCACAGCCCUCCAGCCCAGAGAGACCUACCUAUUGACUUUUAUUAGACCGAUAUCUUAUGAAUUUAUUCAACAUUAUGCAAAUAUCAUUUUAUGCAUCCUUUGCAAUCCAAUCUUUGGCCUGCAUCCCUCUUUUUCAUACAAAACUAUAAAUACUUCAAAUUGGGCUUUUCUUCCUACAGGCUUUGUGCGAGAGUGAUAUCAAUGUAGGUGUUUUGCAAAUAUCUGUAUCCGUGUGUUUGUUUGUGUGAAUGAGAAUCAAAACGUGGAGGUGGUGGAAACAGCUUUUGGCUUCGGUGCCUUGCUUCGACGUGAAAAAAAAAACGUACAAAAAAAAAAAAAAAAAAAAAAUUCGCCACAAGUGACAGAUGGCAAUUUUAGUGGCCCUACGAUGCUGCAGUCCAUGAGCUUACAUUCAAACGUCCUUUUUUAUUGUUAAAUCGCUUGGCUUGGUCCACCCCGACAGUAGUAGUAAUUAGGCUUUCUUUUUAAAGCAUGGCCAAUACUUUAUAGUGAGUAAAAUAUUCUUAAAAUGGCUAGAAUGUAUAUGUUGAAGGAGCAGGCAAUGUAUGUGUGUGUGUGCAUGGGGUGUUCAGUGUCUGUGGGAGUUGUGAACAAACACCAGUGGUAUUAUAAAUGUUGACUAUAUGAGGUGUUGUUUCUUUGAUAUUGGUCAGUACAUUAUAAAGAAAAUAGCCCCUUAUAUAACUUAUACUUUCUCAUGUACAUCACUAUCCAAAAGUACAAGGGUUACAGAACCGUGACGGAGAUGUUGUUCCGCUCAUAGAAAAUGCCUGUUGUUGAUAUUUCUGAAAGCGCCAAACGCCUUACUUUAAAUGUUGACUCUUCUCUUCUCUAUCUGCAAAACUCUGUGUUUUCAAAGUGAACCUUAGUACAAGUGGCAUCAUUCUACACACAGGAAUCCUUUAUGGGGUUUUACGUUUCUCAAUGUCAUGAAAGUGUUGUAAGAUUUGUAUGAAUAAAUUUUUGUAAACAACA